UCUCUCUUCCUCUCCUCCGGCCUCGUUCAGUCGCUCCGGUCUUUUUUUUUUUUUUUUUUUAGACCAGAUCAGAUGGCUUUUGAUUCCUGGCGGGAAGCACAUCCUGGAUUUUGAGGAGGCAGGAACAGCGCUCGGUGUUGCCUGAUUGGGCGCUGCCGGGAGUGUGUGUGUGUGUGUGUGUGUGUGUGUGUGUGUGUGUGUGUGUGUGUGUGUGUGUGUGUGUGUGUGUGUGUGGUGUGUGUGUGUGUGUGUGUGGUGUGACAGGGGGAAGGGGAGGCGGGCCGGGUGAGCGAAGCCAGAAAGGAAGCCAAACAUGGCCAGCGAGGACACGCUGGAGGAGCUGCCAGGGGACCAACCACCUGACCCCCCGGGUCCCGCUGAGCAGGGUGACGCAGACUCUUUGGGCGAUCCGGGCGGGCUGCCGGUGCUCCAGCAGCUCGGUCUGGACCAGAACUCCGACUUCUCCGACUCCAGCGUGCAGCAGCGCCUGGACGAGCACCGCGAGCGGAUCCGCAGGGAGAUCCGGCGGGAGCUGAAGAUCAAGGAGGGCGCGGAGAACCUGCGCCGGGCCACCACCGACAAGAGGAACGCCCAGCAGGUGGACUCGCAGCUCCGCAGCUCCAGCCGCAAGCUGGAGUCCCUCCACGCCCAGCUGCAGGAGCUGGACGCCCACAUCGUCGUCAAGGGCCCCGACGACAACAAAGAUGCUCCUAAGUCUCCGGACUCGCUCAACCGGACGUCGACCAACCAGCGGCGCAUCGCGGCCCUGGAGCGCCAGCUGAACAUCGAGCUCAAAGUCAAACAGGGAGCCGAGAACAUGAUCCCCAUCUAUGCCAACGGAGGCACUAAGGACAAGAAGCUUUUCCAGUCGGCUCAGCAGAUGCUGCAGGACAGCAAGACCAAGAUCGACAUCAUCCGCAUGCAGGUCCGGAAGGCCAUGCAGGCCACGGAGCAGUCCGAGGACAACCAAAGUACGCAUGACGGGGUGGAGCUGCGCGUGGAGGAGCUGUGGCAUCACUACCGCGUGGAGCACGCCAUGGCCGAGGGAGCCAAGAACAUGCUGCGCCUGCUGGGGGCGGGGAAGGUCCAGGACAAGAAGGCCAUAGCUGAGGCUCAGUGUGGUCUGAGCGAGUCGACCCAGCGUCUGGACCUGGUGCGCUGCUCCCUGGAGCAGCGUCUGCAGGAGCUCCCCGAGGACCACCCCAAGGCCUGUCUCAUCAAGGAGGAGCUGGUGCUCGCCUCGUCCUCGUCCUUCAGCGCCCGCCACAGCACCCCCUACGUCCACAACCAGUACAGCACCCUGAGCAAGCCCUCGCCGCUCACAGGUACUCUCCAGGUGCACCUCCUGGGCUGUGUGGGGCUGCUGGAGGUGAUCCCGGGGCGGACCAAAGGGAGCCCGCUGGUUCUUCCCUCGUACUCUGCGGCUGACGGACGCUCCUCCUUCAAACUGAGCGGCCUCUACAGCCGCAGCUCCAGCAGCAUGAGCCUGAAGAUCCCCGGCAAGACCGAGGAGCUCUCCUCGGAGGUGAGCGCCGUGCUGAAGCUGGAGAACACGGUGGUGGGUCAGACGGCGUGGAGGACGGUCGGAGAGCAGGCCUGGGACCAGAGCUUCACUCUGGAGCUGGAGCGGUCCAGGGAGAUGGAGAUCGCAGUGUACUGGAGAGAUUACCGCUCCCUGUGCGCUCUCAAGUACCUGAAGCUGGAAGAGUUCCUGGACAACCAGCGGCACCGAGUCCAGCUGGAGCUGGAGCCACAGGGGCUGCUGCUGGCCGAGGUGACUUUCUUUAACCCGGUAAUAGAGAGAGGCCGAAAACUCCAGAGGCAGAAGAAGGUCUUCUCCAAACAGCACGGGAAAGCCUUCGUGCGUGCUCGCCAGAUGAACGUGGACAUCGCCACCUGGGUCCGCCUGCUCAGGAACGCCAUCCCCAGUGGCAGCAACGCGCCGGCCUACACCCCCAGCUUCUCAAGCAGCACGCUCACACACAGCGCAGGAAUCUCCGUGGAGAAGCUGAAUCUGGGCAGCGACUCUCCCCCCAAAGCUGAUAUCCGGAGAGAUGUGGUGGACGCACCGGCUGCCUUGGUUUUGUUUUCUUACAUUCUGGCUUCUCGCAACUGCUUUGGCAACACAGCCCUGGGACCCAGCAGAGGCCCCCUCUGCCUUCAGGACUUCAAGCUGAUAGCCGUGCUCGGCAGAGGCCACUUCGGGAAGGUGCUGCUGUCGGAGUACAGAAGGACAUCCAGCCUGUACGCCAUCAAAGCCCUGAAGAAAGGGGACAUCGUAGCGAGGGAUGAAGUGGAAAGUCUGAUGUGUGAGAAGCGGAUCUUUGAAGCCGUCAACGGCUCCCACCACCCCUUCCUGGUCAACCUGUUUGCAUGUUUCCAGACGCCAGAACAUGUGUGUUUUGUCAUGGAGUACACGGCGGGAGGCGACCUCAUGAUGCACAUACAUGCCGACGUCUUUUCUGAGCCACGUGCUGUCUUCUACUCGGCUUGUGUGGUCCUGGGUCUGCAGUUCCUUCAUGACCAUAAGAUUGUGUAUAGGGACCUUAAACUGGACAACCUGCUGCUGGACACAGAGGGCUUUGUGAAGAUAGCGGACUUUGGGCUCUGUAAAGAAGGUAUGGGUUAUGGGGACCGGACCAGCACCUUCUGCGGGACCCCGGAGUUUCUGGCCCCGGAGGUGCUGACGGACACCUCGUACACCCGGGCGGUCGACUGGUGGGGGCUCGGGGUGCUCGUCUACGAGAUGUUGGUCGGAGAGUCUCCGUUCCCAGGUGACGAUGAGGAGGAGGUUUUCGACAGCAUUGUGAACGAUGAAGUGCGCUACCCUCGCUUCCUCUCCAGCGAAGCCAUCGGCGUAAUGAGACGGUUGUUGAGGAGGAAUCCCGAAAGACGACUGGGCUCGGGAGAAAAGGAUGCCGAAGAGGUCAAAAAACAACCGUUUUUCAGGGGCAUGGACUGGGAGGCUCUUCUCCAGAGGAAGGUCCCGCCCCCGUUCGUCCCGACGAUCGGAGGAAAAGAAGACGUCAGCAACUUCGACGUGGAGUUCACGGCCGAGGCUCCGACCCUGACGCCGCCCCGCGAGCGCCGCACCCUCUCCCGCAAGGAACAGGACUACUUCAAGGAUUUUGACUACGUCUCAGACCUCUGUUAGAGUCACAGGGUUCUCGGGGGUGGGGGGGGGGGGUCAGCUGCCCGCUGCCAGCCACAGACUCUGAUGGACUGAGAGGGGAGGGCGGCACCAGGAGAGAGGAACUCAUUGGUUGGUGAUGAGAGACGAGGAUCACUCUUAACUGUUGUGUGUUUGCGAUGGGAGGAAGAACUGGCCAGGGCCGUGUGUGUGUGUGUGUGUGUGUGUGUGUGUGUGUGUGUGUGUAUAAACGGGUAUCAAUUGAGUCUGAAAUCGCGUGUUGCACAUAUGCAGAUGCGUGACACUGCGUGACUUUUAGAGGAAGAGGACGUGGUGGUUAUGACAGAAGAUAAUCCAGAUUAUUGUGUGACUAAAUGGAAGACGAGGCGAUGGCUCAACACACAGGACUGAAAUGCUCAGAGAGCCUUUAAAUCAGGGGUCUCAAACUUAAUUUACUUGGGGGCCGCUGCAAGUAGAGUCUGGGUUUGGCUGGGCCGCAUCAAGUAUUCCCAAAAAACCCUCUAUUUCCUCAAAAAAAAGGCGUGGAACUGCCGGUUCUUUAAACCCCUAGAUCUGAUAUGGUUGGUGCAUUUCACAACAACAGACAUCACUUUGUCAAACCUCAGGCAUUUGCCGCAAAGGGUACUUAGCUAGCUUGACAACGGUUACGCCGCUGUCACGAGACUACUAUAGCCCAUAAGUGACAUGCGCAAUGACAAAAAGGUUUCAGAACGCGCGGGCCGCACUAACACUUAACUUUGAUGUCAAGAAGGGGGCCACAAAAUAUCAUCCCGCGGGCCGCAAUUGGCCCCCGGGCCGCGAGUUUGAGACCCAUGCUUUAAAUCAAUCAGUCAUUCUGCACCACCUGUGAGUUACCACACGGGGGAGCCAGAGGAGAGAGAAUAUUCUGCCUGUUUGUGUCACAAAAGAAAGCAGUGUGUGUGUGUGUGUGUGUGGGGUGUGUGGUGUGUGUGUGUGUGUGUGUGGUGUGUUUUGUGUGUGUGUGUGUGUGUGUGUUGUGUGUGUGUGUGUGUGUGUGUGUGUGUGUGUGUGUGUGUGUGUGUCGUGUGCUGAAUGUUAACAUAGGUCACCUCGUCAUCAUCUUCUCUUUCCGCUGUCUUUCGGUACAACAGAUUUUUUUUAACUACAAUCAGUUUUCAAUGACAAAGCUUUUACAAUUUUGUUCUUAUAUUUGUGAUUUACGUCCCCCCCCCCCCCCCCCCCCAUCCCCAAAUCUGUGUUUCCUCCUCUGUCAUUGCUGUGAAAUGUGUUGGAACUGUGACUCAGUAAAGAUGUGAACCCAACA